CCAAAAAGUCCUGCGUGGUGACGGAUGUCCAAAGUUCAGAACUUUUUCAAUUUGACUCCCAUAGAGACGCGGGGAUGGGGACGGCUUGAACGGCGGCUGAGAUCCAGUUUCGUUCUUCUCCUUCUUCUUCUUUUUAAACUGAGCAGCGCGGAACUGUGAUUUUGGGAGGAGGAACAAGUGGAGCUCUCUCCGUCUCUUGCGUAUUUCUGGAGCUUUUAUUUCCAAGCCCGAAGACAAUGCAGGCUCGCUACUCCGUCUCCAGCCCCAACUCCCUCGGCGUCGUGCCCUACAUCAGCAGCGACCCGAGCUACUACCGGGCCGCGGCCGGCGGGGGGUACACCGGGAUGCCCGCGCCCAUGAACAUGUACUCCCACGCGGCCCAUGACCAGUACCCCGCCAGCAUGGCCCGGGCGUAUGGACCGUACACCCCCCAACCCCAGCCCAAGGAUAUGGUCAAACCCCCUUAUAGCUACAUCGCGCUCAUCACCAUGGCUAUCCAGAACUCGCCCGACAAGAAGGUGACCCUCAACGGGAUUUACCAGUUUAUCAUGGAGAGGUUUCCAUUUUACAGAGACAACAAGCAGGGCUGGCAGAACAGCAUCAGGCACAAUCUGUCGCUGAACGAGUGCUUCGUCAAGGUGCCCCGUGACGAUAAGAAGCCCGGCAAGGGCAGCUACUGGACCCUGGACCCGGACUCUUACAACAUGUUCGAAAACGGGAGCUUCCUGAGGAGGAGACGGCGGUUCAAAAAGAAGGACGUCGUGAAAGAGAAAGAAGAGCGGCUGCAGAAGGACAUGCCGCCGAGGGGGCAAGGCCGCGAGCAGGAGCAGCCGGUGCAGGGCUCCAAGCCCGUGAGGAUCCAGGAUAUUAAGACCGAGAACGGGACGGUCACGCCGCCGCAGUCCGACUCGCCCUCUUUGAGCGCGGUGCCCAAAAUCGAGAGCCCGGACAGCAGCAGCAGCAUGUCCAGCGGGAGCCCUCACAGCAUCCCCUCCAACAGGUCCAUCGGCAUGGACGGCUCGGAGCACCACCAGCACCACGGGCAGGCCUCGACGCAGGGCUUCAGCGUGGACAACAUCAUGACGUCCCUCCGGGGGUCUCCGCAAGGUGCCACGGAGCUGGCCCCCAGCCUCAACGGCUCCGGCAGGACGGGUAUAGCACCGGCUUUGUCCUUAAACUAUUCUCCGAAUCAGACGUCUGUCUAUAGCUCACCGUGCAACCAGAGCGCCAUGUCCACUACCUCCAACGGCACCUAUCAUUGCAACAUGCAGGCCAUGAGUUUGUACGCCGGGGACAGGUCUAGCCACUUGGCGCCGAGCACCUCCGUGGACGAAACGUUGCCAGAUUACUCGGUGACCACCACCUCAUCUCCCAUGAGCCACGCUAAUCUGAACUCGGUGCAGGAGGGCCACCAUCCCCACCAAGGGAGGCUGACCUCAUGGUACGGAGACCUGGGCCACUUGGGCGCAGCGUACCCGGCGCAGCAGCAGAACUUUCAUUCGGUCAGAGAGAUGUUUGAAUCCCAAAGAAUUGGCUUGAAUAAUUCACCGGUGAAUGGGAAUAACAGCUGUCAGAUGUCGUUUCCACCGAGCCAACCCAUCUAUCGCACUUCGGGAGCGUUUGUGUAUGACUGCAGCAAGUUCUGACCAAAAAAAAUACAAAAAAAUACAAAUAGAAGAACAAAUAGGCUCGUAAUUUUCCUCACGGUGUUUGAACUCUUCCAAGUAAAAUCUAACGUGUCCUCAAGCCCGCUCUCCUGCCGACACCAUAUGGACUAAUAUGAGACAGAACAACCCCCCCCCGAAAAAAAACAGAAAGACUCUGUUUUUUGCUCUCUAAACAACAGUGUUACUGCAAAUAACACGUAAGUCUCUCUUCGCUUUUGUGACUUUCUGUGAUAUGUUAAAUAUGACAGUUUUCAUGGACGUGUAAAUUGCAUAUAGUAAUUUAUUUCUAAAAAUGUAGCCAGAUAUUGUGGACCAAACACCCCAAAAGUGUUUCUAAAUUGAAUUGCCUUACUUGUCCAAACAAUUGUUCCAAUAUAAAAAUUAAGAAAAAGGAACGUGUAUAUCGCCGUAUCAUUUUAAAGAUUCUUCAUUUGUUGGAAAGUAUGCUGAAGGAUUUGUUUGUUUGUUUAAUAAAUUUUCAUUUUAUGUGAGUUAAA